CCCAGAACAGCUGUAAAAAUAUAAUUUUUAACUAUUUUAGUAACUGGACCCUAGCUGCCAUAUGUAAAAUAUAACAGAAGUUAACUUCAGAUUGUGAAUUUAGUUACAAUUGAUUUACUACUAUGCAAAUUACGUUUAAAAUAAAUAUACAAAAAGUUUAAGUUCAAAAGCAAGCGCAAAAGUUAAAACAUAACAGUGGAUCAUAGCCAAACUAUCUAAACAACAACAUGGAGAUGCGUUCAAAACUUGGUAGCUUCGAGCUGAAAGACUGUAGUGCCGAGAGUGCCGCCGAGCGUUUACUUUCAAUUAUACAUACAGAACCAGUUAAGGUAAAUCGUAAACAUGGGGCCAUUUCCUUUUCAGAAGCAUUAUCGCUGACUGGUUUCGGCAAGUUCAAUUACUUUCUCAUCUUCAUAUGUGGCAUGAUUUUGGCCAAUGUAUUGUUGGAGACCGCAGCGAUGGGCUUUGUCUUACCAAUUGCACAAUGUGACUUAAAUCUUACGAAUCAGGACAAGGGCAUAUUGAGUGCCAUCAGCUUUGCUGGCAUUAUAACUAGUUCGCAUUUGUGGGGCUUUUUGGCGGACACAAAGGGGCGCAGGCGCGUGAUAAGGCCGACUUUGCUGGCGGGCUUUAUGGUUACGUUACUGUCAACUUUCUCGCACAGAUUUUGGGUUAUGGUGAUGUUGCGGUUUAUUAAUGGAUUUUUCGUCUCUGGCGGCUCGGCCACAGUUUAUGCCUACCUAGGCGAGUUUCACACUGAUAAAACCCGUUCACGCGCUAUGAUGGGUUCUUCAUUCAUUUUCGCCAUUGGCGCUAUGAUCUUACCAAUGAUUGCCUUUCUUGUUAUUAACCAAGACUGGAUUUUACCAAUGCCAUUCUUGGGCAUCGACUAUAAGCCAUGGCGUUUGUUUCUGCUGGUCUGCGGUAUACCAGGUAUGCUUUGUGGCUUGUCUAUGUUCGCUUUGCCAGAAAGCCCGAAAUUCUUGCUUGCUCACGGCCGCGAGGCAAAAGCCAUUGAAGUGUUGCAGAAGAUGCAACGUUGGAACGGCGGCACUGAGGAUCUUAAGUUGAAACAUAUUCUUCCCGAAGAAGAACAACCCGGUUCAAUGAUGCAGUUGAACAACAAGUCGGCUUCCAAAGAGAAUUUCGCCACCGCCUUCAUGAAGAGCAUGUGGAAUCAGACCGUACCACUGUUCCACAAGCAAUACUUGCGAAUUACGUUGAUCGUUUGCAAUAUGCAAUUCUGGCUGUAUGUGGUGACGAAUGGCAUGUAUAUGUGGUUUCCGCACAUAAUCAACAGCAUGGUCGAGUUCAUGAAUAGCCACCCAGGCGAACAUAAGCAGAUCUGCCAAAUUGUGUAUGACAAACACGAGAGCUUAUAUAAGACUGAUGGUACAAUGGAAUGCGUUGCUAAGCUAGAAAAUACAACAUAUUUUUACUCAUUAAUCAUGGAAAUCUUAUACGCCUCCUCCUUUGCCUUCAUUGGCUUGAUUAUCAAUCGUGUCGGCAAGAUUACCAUACUUUUCAUUUCCAUGAUUUUCUUCACAUCGUGUGGCCUUGCCGCCGUUUUCGUUGUCGAUCCUUCGAUCGCCGCCUACCUGUAUGUGCUCUUCUUUAUAGUAGGCGUGGCUAUAAAUGUCUUGGGCGCGGCCACUGUUGAGCUUUAUCCGACCCAAAUGCGUGCCAUGGCUAUAUGUGUUUCGCUGAUGUUUGGUCGACUGGGCAGUGUUGUGGGUGCUAAUAUUGUAGGCGCACUGCUUGCCAAUAACUGCGAAAUGUCUUUCGUGGCUGCUUGUGCUGCUUUGUAUAUUUGCGCUUUCCUGGCACUCCUGAUUCCACGAAGAACGCUGGCACCUCCAGCUAAACCUGUUCUGGAUGAGGCAUAAAAGUGUGAACUUCUUAUUUUAAUAUGCGACUUAAAUGCGGAUAGCAGACUUAACUUCGCAACAAAUGGAAGGGAUACAAAAUAGAGUUCUUAUAAAUUGUGAUCAAUAUUUGUAUGAAUGCUUGUGUGUGUGUGAAUAUUUAAUUAGUAGUUUGUGUGCAUGUAUGUGUGUAAGUGUUUGUGUGAUUGAUGAACUUAGAAAAAGUAUG